AUGCUUCUGAUGCUCAUCUCGGGUUUAUGGAAGAACAGAAACUCACAAUUAUGGGAAAACAAAGCUAGUUCGGCCUCUGACAUUUUUCAGAGAUGUAUAACGUGGUUGGAGGAGUUUCACCAAGCUAGUAAGCCUGUUGCUGCUGCAGCCCAGCUACCGGUCAGUAAGAAGUGGAGUCCGGAAAGCACAGUGGAGCUUACUUUGAAUGUGGAUGGAGCGUUUCUUCCUCAGUUGCCAAAAGGAGGACUGGGAAAGGUUCUUCGAAAUACUAGUGGAGAGGUUCAAGCUGCAUUUCAAACUGCAGUUCAGUUUGUUAGCUCUCCCAUGCAUGCUGAACUUCUUGCAAUUCAAUCAGGUUUGCAACUCGUCCGCGUGCUUCAAUUCGAAUCGGUUUGCAUUGUGUCGGACUGCUUAUUGGCUGUGCAAGACAUCAAUAAUGGAUCUCCUAUUCUAACAGAGUAUGGACCACUAAUUGAGGACAUCGGGUUCAUCCUACAGCAGCUGCAUCCUAUCAAGAUUACUUAUGCACCUCGUGCAUGUAACAAAUUAGCUCACCGGUUGGCUAGUUUAGCAUAUGAAUCAGAGCAAAGUGUUAGCUGGUUACAUACAAUCCCAGAUUGUAUCCAGGACAUUGUACAACAGGAGAUUCCUCCUCUCAUUUAA